AUGCCCAGAGGCUUCAGCUGCCCUGAGGAGGCAGACGACAGGUAUGAGACCCCCCCGGUAACAGAGCUCCAGAGACUGAUGUGGACAAAGAAAGGGACCAGCAGCCAUCUGGAUAAAGUUCAGCCCAGGAUAUAUAUUGGAGACAUGUAUGCAGCCAAAGACAAGAGGAAACUCCUGGCUCACCACAUCACCCAUGUUCUUAAUGCUGCUGAUGGGAAGUUUAACGUGAACACGGGCCACAGCUUCUACAGAGACACAAAAAUCACUUAUCACGGAGUGGUCGCUUUUGACAUGCCAUACUUUGACUUGAGUCCCUUUUUCUACCCAGCGGCCAAUUUUAUCAAGAACGCUUUGAGCUCGCCUACAGGUAAAGUGUUUGUCCACUGUGCGAUGGGUCUGAGCCGCUCGUCCACCUUGGUCCUGGCAUACCUGAUUAUCCACGAGAACAUGACGUUGGUGGACGCCAUCAAAGCUGUCAGCGCCAACAGGCACAUCUCACCGAACAAUGGUUUUCUGGAGCAGCUUCGAGAGCUGGACAAAAAGCUGCACUACCAGGGACCAGCGAGGAGCUCCAGUGCCUACGGGCGGACUUGA